CAAGGUUCUUUAUAUAUCAAAACGAGAGCACUUGCUUACAUUAUUUGCACUCCGCUGAUUUUCAAUUUCGUUACACAAAGCUAAAAAACUUGUAUUGACACAAACACAAACUGUGUUGUGAUUUGAGAACGACGGCUAAGCUGCUGCUUUGGAUUUAACAAACUUUAGUAGUUCUCCAGAACUCAAGACGCUUAGUUAAGCUGGCUGCUGUAGCAAAAAAUUGUAUAAUGUCUGUUGGUCGUGUGCUUAUCUAUGGUGGCAAGGGAGCGCUUGGUGCUGCUUGUGUGUCACAUUUUAAAGCAAAUAAUUUUUGGGUUGGAAGCAUAGACUUAAACAACAACGAACAAGCUGAUGUUAGUAUUGUAGUGCCAAAAGACGGCUCAUGGACAGAGCAAGAAACAGCAGUUAUCGAACAAGUUGGCAGUGCAUUAAAUGGUGAAAAAUUAGAUGCAGUAAUAUGCGUUGCUGGUGGUUGGGCAGGCGGCAAUAGCAAAAAAGACUUGGCAAAAAAUGCAGAUCUUAUGUGGCGUCAGAGUGUUUGGACAUCAACAAUAUCUGCUGCUGUUGCGGCACAGUACUUAAAAGAAGGCGGUCUAUUAGCGCUCACAGGCGCUAAGCCUGCUCUACAAGGUACGCCUGGUAUGAUUGGUUAUGGUAUGGCUAAAGCAGCAGUACAUCAACUAACACGUUCUUUAGCUGAAAAAGAUUCUGGAUUACCUGAAGGUGCUUUGGUGGUAUCAAUUUUACCUGUUACACUCGAUACUCCAAUGAACCGCAAAUGGAUGCCUAAAGCUGAUUUUACUACAUGGACUCCACUUACUGAAGUUGCCGAACUCUUUCACAAAUGGUCUAAAGGUAAUGAACGUCCAAAGAAUGGCGCGUUACUCCAAUUAAUCACAAAAGAUUCCAUUACCGAACUUAUUGAUGCCGCUUAAUUUACAUUUCAAUAUUAUACAAAAGAAGUGAUCUGAAACCACAUGACUCAUAAAUAUAGGGAUUUUUGUUGAUUCAUAUUUAAUUCAAAUGAAUGUAUUCUUAAUAGUGCUUAAUUAAUAAAAUUGUUAUCUCAAUAUU